CACCCCACGAACAUGGGCUUCCCAGUAUGUUACACCGACCUCCUCCUCCCAAACCUCUUCCUCCGCACUUUCUCUCUCUUCGCCCCCCUCCGAACCGCCGUCCACUUCCUCCUCCGCCUGCCCGGGCUCCUCGAGCCCGACCCCACCCCGCUCCAGGAACCCGAGUCCCUCUACUCCUCCUCGGUCUCGCCGUCCCUGACCUUGAUGCGCGAGCUCCUCCCGGUGGUCAGAUUCUCGGACCUGGCCGACGGCUGCCCGGACCCGCCCGAGAGCGCCUGCUCCGUCUGCCUGCAUGACUUCGAGGCGGACGACGAGAUCCGGCGGCUGCUGAACUGCCGGCACGUGUUCCACUGGGGCUGCCUGGAUCGUUGGAUAGGGUACGCCCGGAGGACGUGCCCGCUGUGCCGGGCUCCGGUCGUGCCCGAUGAGGUGGAGGGGCCGAUCAACGAGAGGCUCUGGGCUGCUUCUGGGGUCCCUGAAUUGCACGAGGACUCUUAUGGAGACGCCCGUCAUGGUUUGUAGCAAUCUAAUCAAACCAGAAAGCUUUUCUCUUCCAAGAACUUUCCUUUUUGGGGUCUUGA